AUGCGACGCUCCCGUGUUUCACACGCCCCGAGGAAGGACUCGCCCUGGGAUGCCCUGCAGCAGUCCGAGGCUCUCUUCGGAGAAGCCGGUAGCACCUUUCGUCUCGAGGAGGCCGGGCGCCUCCUCACCAAGGAUGCCUUGGAUAUGUUGACAAGUUGGUUCCGCCCAGCUCAAGAGGGGCUGGACAGCGCGAGCUCGGAAACCUCGGAUGGCGUUGAUGAUGCCUUAGCUGCCUUGCUGAAGGACGAGGUCCCCUAUGUGGUGGAGUUUCUUUCGGACAAGCAGUUUCCUGGGCCAGUUUGUCGGGCAUUUUGGCAGUCCGAGCUCUACUUGCGUGACUUUCAGCAGGUCGCUGGCCAGGCACCGCUGGAAGAGUUCACGCAGUCUGCAAAGCACGCCACUGGUGCCGUGGAGGACAUGCUCCAAGAUGGCUCGGACAUGCCACAGGCCUUGGAUCGCCUGGUGACGCGCCAGCAGUUUGCGGCCGCCGUGCGCUUUGGAUACUUCCUGCGCCGGGCCAAGCAGCGGCUGCGGCUGGAGUCCAUCAUGACGGGGCCGGUCGGGACUCUCGAGGUGUACCUGGCUGAAAUGACAGCACAGCAGCAGGUGGAGCUCGUGCGUGCUGCCAGCCGCGAAGCUUCUUCAGCCAUCGACGUCCGUGCCACCGCCCUUUUUGGCAAAGCCUCGGAGCUACUCCGUGGGGUCGCCUCUGGCGACAUCUUGCCACUGCAGCUCUCCCCCGAAGGCCGCGCCAGGCUUGCCGUCGAAGCCGUCGCAUUUGGAGCAGCUCUCUUUGAUGCGGAGGAGGCUGCCGCGCAACACUACACCUUGACGUACUCCGAGUUCGGAAGCAGGUCGCCACAGCUUUUGCCUCAGUGGAAGCGUCUGACCUCGAAGGCAGCGAUAUCUCUGAUGGAUUUGGCAUCCGACUCAGAUCACAGAGAGCAGCAGACGUCCGAUAACAUAGCUGCUGUUGAUACUCCAGGUAGGCCCAACGAGUCGAUGGCAGAAAACGCCACAACCACAACUUCAACUUCAACUGCAACUUCAACCGCAAGCACAACCACACAUGCUGCAUACACAUCAACCCAAUCUCAGACAUCCUCAGCCACUUCCGUGAGCGCCACCUCAACUUUGAGCACUUCCACUUCAACAACAUGGCAGGCGACGUCUGCCACAAACACAACAACAACCAGCUCACACACUGCCACGUCUGCAAGCAGCACAUCAACAUUCUCAACGAGCCCGACCAUGGACAGGAAUACAACGGCGACCUACACGACAAACACCUCGACAAGCUCCACGACAACCUCCACAGCCACUCUUUCGACCCUGAGCACGACUACGACAACUACAACUGUCCACAUCGUCACCUUGACCGGCGUGAUCCUGACCAAAGUGUCCAGUCCCUCUCGGUUUCUGUCCGAUGCACAGGUGCCACCAGCACUUGCGCGGGCAAUGGCCACCCUAAUUCAGGUACCGGCUGACUCAACACAUGUGGAGCUGCAAAUAGUGGAUGCCAGGCAGAUACAAGCCGACAGUGCUGCGGUUGAAGUUACCUGUGCCACAACUCUCCAGGGCCCCAAUGCCACCGAGCGUGCCGAGACAGCCAAGCAGCUGCUCAUCCGGGCCACGCCUUCAGAGAUCGCGGAGCUCAUGAGCUCAGAGGUCAACGGUCUGCAGGUUUUACAGUACGUCCUUGAGGUGCUGGAGGUUGCUCCGCCAGCGAUCAGUGGUCCCGCCGUGCAGGUCCCUGACCAAAGCGGCAGCGGAGGUGCCGGUGUCGUUUUCGAUCCUCAGGAUUUAGACGGUGGGAUGGCUGUGAGCCCCAAUUGGCCAUGUGCACUUCUGCUUGCUGCAGUCGCUGUCCUCUGA